AUGGCCGCUCAAGCUCAACAGGUUCAGCAGAAGGUGGAAUACUUUGUCGCUCAGAUCGACAAGGAGCUCUCCAGGUACCCCGCUCUGAAGAAGUUCGAGCAGACCGUCCCCAUCCCCAAGGCUUACGCUGCCCUUGGUGCUUUUGGUAUCUUUACUCUCUUUGUCUUCUUCAACAUCGCCGCUGGCUUCUUGACCAACCUGAUCGGCUUCUUCAUCCCCGCCUACUUCUCGCUCAAGGCCCUCGAGACUCCUCAGCCCCAGGAUGACAUCCAGUGGCUCACGUACUGGGUCGUGUUCGGCAUGUUCACCUUCCUCGAGACCUUCUCCAGCAUCGUCCUCUACUACGUGCCUUGGUACUACACGAUCAAGACGCUCGCCAUUGUUUGGUUGAUGCUUCCUCAGACGCAGGGUGCCAAGACGGUCUACAGCAAGGUGAUCCGCCCCGCCUUCCUCACCACCCAGAAGAAAGUGCACCAGGCCAACGCGAGCACCCCUGCCGCUCCUGCCGAGACCCACUAA